UGGCCUGACAAUGCUGGAGGACACAGUGGCGCUGCUGCAGCUGCAGCACGACAGCAGCAGCAGCUGCAGCAGCAGCAGCAGCAGCAGCAGCAGCAGCAGCAGCAGCAGCAGCAGCAUAUCCGCACUGGAGAUGCGGCGAGUCUUCAUUUUGGGAUGUCUUGCUGCUCUCAUUAAAGAAGCUCCUUUGCCAGUUUUUGUUACUGACCUCCAAACUUCAGCAAUUAAGGCCUCCGUCUGCAGGGGACCCAGGGGCGUUCCGCUGAUGGUGUACGAGCGCCUUUCGCUGGAGGCCUUCGCAAGAGAGCUUCACUUGGGACACAAGAAGCAGACUGUUGCUACGAAGGCCGUGGGGGAGGCGCUGCGGCGGCUGAAGGUGGGCUGGGUGCUGCCGCUGGGGCGCGUGCGGCUGCCGUUUGAGAGCAGCAGCAGCAGCAGCGUGAAGCAGCGUGCUGCUGCUGCUGCUGCUGCUGCUGCUGGGACGGGCGGCGCUGCGCCGGGCUCUCCGGGGCAGCAGCAGCAGCAGCAGCAGCAGCUGCAAGACGGCGUUGCCGCUGCAGACGGAGCAGCAGCAGCAGCUGCUGCUGCUGCUGCUUCUGCUGCUGCGCCAGCGAAGAAGAGGGGCCGGGCCAAGCAGGAGCAGCAGCAGCAGCAGCAGGGCCACGGCAAGCGGCAGCAGCAGGCGGAGUCGAAGGGAGAAGCUGCUGCAGCAAAGCUGAAGAACGAAGACGCAGCAGCAGCAGCAAACGGCGCAGCAGCAGCAGCAGCAGCAGACAGCUCCAGCGAAGAAGAAGAACAGCCAAAAGCUCAAGUAAGCAAAAAAGGCAAAAAGCUGCUGGGGCCCUCAAAAGCAGCAGCAGAUGCACCCCACAGCCACGGCCGCAUGCAGCAGCAGCAGCAGCAGCAGCAGCAGCAGCAGCAGCUGCUGUCAAUGGACAGCUCCGAGGAAUCUAGCGAAGACGUGGAUAACUAA